AUGCGCCUCCUACUCCUCCCCUCAGCCCUCAUCCCCCUCGCAGCCGCAGCAUCCUACACCUGUCCGCCCCUCGGCCCCGUCCUGCCCGCGGCGCGCAACCCGUCGGCCCACCCGGCGGUCCAACGCGCCGUCGCGACCUUUCUCGCCUCUCUCGAGGAGGAAGCGGCCGGGUUCGCAACCUCGGCCGUGUCGAUCGGGAUCAAGUCCGCCCUCGAGGACGAGCCCCUGCUCGACUUCCACCACACCCCGCCGCGACGCGAUGCCCGCGGCGCGCAGGCCGUGGGUAAGGACACCGUAUACCGGCUUGCGAGCGUUAGUAAGGUGUUCACGGUGCUGGCGGCGCUGCAGAGGGAUGAUGUGGUGCGGUGGGACGACCGGGUUACGAAGUUGGAGGUCGAGUGGGAUGAGGUUACGGUUGAAGCUGUUGCGGUGCAUGUUUCUGGGAUUGGGGCCGAUAUGAUGAUGGACCGGGGACAGUAUGAGGGUGACUGGGAGGCUCUCGGAUUGCCUCCGCUGGAGAAGAAGCCGGCCUGUGGCGGGUUCCUUGGACAGCGGCCUUGCACGAUGGAGGGUGACUUCCUACCAAACGCCCGUCUACUCCAACACCGGAAUAGCCAUCGUCGGGCUCGUCGUGGAGGCGGCCAGGUCCUCCAGGAACUCAUCCUCGACCCCGCGGGCAUGUCCUCCACGACGUACCCCCAUUCCCCCGAGGACUUGUCGACGUUGUUCAUCCCUGAAAACAACACCAUCUGGGACUGGGAUCUGGGAGUCUUUGCCCCGGCUGGGGGGAUGUACUCCACGACGCGCGACAUGCUCCGCUUCGGCGACGCCAUCCUCCGCCACCGCCUGCUGUCCCCAGCCAAGACGCGCCGCUGGCUCAAGCCGUCCACCUUCACCUCCGCGCCGGGCGAGUUUGUCGGCAAGCCGUGGGAGGGCAUCUUCUCGGCCAACCUGACGGGCGGGCGGCCCGUCGAGAUGUACGCCAAGUCCGGCGACAUCUUCAACUACCACGCCGGCCUCGCGCUGCUGCCCGAGUACGGCCUCACCGUCUCCGUGCUCGCGGCCGGGCCCGAGAUCUCGGCGGUCGUGCCGGCGUAUUACAAGUGGAAGCUGUGGGCGCUGCUGCCGGGGCUCGUGCGCGCGCUGGACGAGGCUUCGCGGGAGGAGGCCGCGAGCCGCGUGGCGGGCCGGUUUGAAAAUGCGGAGACCGGAUCGGCGGUGACGUUGAGGAUUGACGGCGGGUGGGGGGUGCGGGUGGAGGGCUGGGUUGUGAGGGGGUUCGAGUUUGUGCCGAAUUUGGGGAGGUACAGCCAUACGGGGUUGAACAAGACAGGGAUGGAGCCGAACCCGAACGUGACGGCGCGGGUGUACCCCACGGGGCUGAAGUCUGGGGAUGGGAAGACGGAGGCGUGGAGGGCUGUGUUUGACUAUUUCACGCCGGAGCAGCGGGAGGCGAUUGAUAGGGAGGCGUUCCAUGCCAACGCGUCUUGCCUGAGCUGGGGGACUGUGGACCGGAUCACGUACGGGUACAAGGCGCUUGACCAUUUUGAAUUUGUGUACGGGGAGGAUGGGAGGGUUGAGAAGGUUGUGCCUGUCGCUUUUGGGGUGGAGUUGAAGAGAGUUGAGGGGGAAGGGGAGGGAGGAGCUCAGACUAACUAG